CUAGCUUCACUUCCUGUUAGCUUGCAAGGGAUACAACUUAACAUAUGACAAUGAAAGUUCGUUAUUACGUCUGUAGGAGAACUUAACGUGCUAUGACCAGAAUAUGGACUUUAACAGGACUGUUCUGGUGACUGGAGGCUCUGGAUUCAUGUAAUUUAAACACUAAUGCUGCAUUGCAGUCAGCUACACGCAAAUGGGUCACAUCUGGUGUGUUCACUGGUCACCAAACACCCUGACUGGAGGAUAAUCAACCUGGAUAAUUUGGAUUACUGCUGCAGCCCCAGGAGCCUGGAGAGUGUGGAGGACAGAGCGAACUACACUUUCAUCAGGGGAGAUGUGUGUAACUCACAGCUGGUAAACCACAUUUUCAACACAGAAAACAUCGAUGUGAUCUUCCACCUGGCAGCCAAAACACACGUCGAGACGUCGUUCGAAACCCCGUCUAGUUUCCAGCGUGUUAACGUCUAUGGGACCAGAGUUUUACUGGGAGCUGCGCAUCAGGCCCAACACCAGCCACAGCGCUUCAUCUACGUCAGCACCGAUGAAGUGUACGGAGAAGGUCUGGAUCAGGUGUUUGAUGAAAGCAGUCCAUUGAGACCCUCCAACCCGUAUGCUGCCACUAAAGCAGCUGCAGAGUACCAGGUCCGGUCCUACUGGGACAAAUAUAAGUUUCCCAUCAUCAUCACCAGGAGCAACAACAUCUACGGGCCCAGGCAGUACACUGAGAAGGUUAUCCCCAAGUUCCUUACCCUCUUGCAAAUGAACAAGAAAUGCACCAUCCAGGGAACCCUCCCUAAAUCCCGGCACUUCCUGUUUGUCGAUGACGCCAUCAACGCGUUCCGGCUCGUCUUGGAGAAAGGCAUUGUGGGAGAAAUCUACAAUUUGGGAGCAAGCUAUGAGAUUCCCAUCAUGCAACUGGCCAGGGAGCUUGUUAAAAUGGUCAAGAAUGUGCCUGACUCCGAGGUGAACGAUUGGCUGGAGUUAGUGCCUGACAGAGCGUGUGUAGACCUGCGCUAUCCAAUCAGCUGUGAGAAGCUGCAGCAGCUGGGCUGGAGAGCGGAGGUCUCCUGGACUGAAGGCAUCAAACAGACUGUAAAAUGGUACCAGGAUAACCCAAAUUUCUGGUGGGACCAAGGACCAAUCAGGUGGGAGGUCGAGAAAGCCAACAACCAAUACGUGGGCCCUGCUUCUUGACUGACAGGAUGCAGAAAGAUGAGGGGCAGUAUUUCCUACAAACUAAAUAUUUGACAUGACUGAACAAACACUGAAGACGAGUCAGUACAGAAGAGUUUAUUUUUCCUAAAUGAUUGAGGGACCAAAAGGUGCCUAACAACAAAGCAUCGUUACCCCUGGAAUUCAACGUACUUUAUUCUGAUAUUAAUUACUGUUUACAUCACAUGGUUUCUAUAAGGCUGUACGAGAUAAAGACUGACUUUUUUUUUAAAGAUUAUUGAGCUUCUAAAGCAAACGACUAAAUAUUGUAUCGGUGGUGAGCUCAAAAGAGGGAUGGUAGGUAUUACAUUUACCUGCAUUAAAGUAUGAGAAAUAUGACUGAAGCCAUCUUUAGGUGUGAAUUUAAAUGAACGUUUAUGUUGUGAUCACAGCAGCUUUGCAUAAGGGGACGAAGGGAACAGUAGCUGAGUUUUGUAAAUCUGAACCAUGUAUUUAACUGUAAAUAAACGUGAUUAUUUAAUAA